AUGGGUUAUUGGAAAUCAAAGGUUCUUCCAAAGAUCAAGAAGGUUUUUGAGAAGGACAGUGCCAAGAAGGCAGCUGGAGCUGAAGCUACCAAGACCUUUGAUGAGUCUAAGGAAGAAAUCAGCAAGGAGUUUGAAGAGAAGAAGACUGAACUUGAACCAAAAGUGAUAGAAAUCUAUGAAGCUUCAUCAGCUGAAAUCAAGACCUUAGUUAAGGAUCCCAAAGAAGCAGGAUUAAAGAAGCACUCUUCUUCAGUUCAAAAGUUCCUUGAUGAGCUUGUUAAAAUCGAGUUUCCAGGAUCAAAACUAGUAUCUGAAGCAUCUUCAAAACAUGGACCAGCCUAUGUUUCAGGUCCAGUUUUCUUCGUCUUUGAAAAAGUCUCAAUCUUUAUUCCGGCAGAGGAAAAGGCAGUCGAGCCACCACCAGCACCUGAAACAAAAACGGAAGAAACAACUACUAGCACAGAGAAGGAGAUAGUAGUUGAGGAAGACAAGAAAGAAGAGGCAGCAGUAGCGGAGGCUUCAGAGAAGGCUGAACCAGUGGCUGAGCCACCUGCCAAGGUGGAGGAAGCAGAACCACCAAAGCCAUGA